CAUCGCCCUUCCCCCAACUUUAUGUUCGGCAAAGCAAAGCAAUUUUUAAAAAAAUGUCACCAUUUUUGAUACUCGUCCUCCUUGCCGGGAUCAGUCUGAGUUCCGCUAUAACCAACAAUAACAACAACUUUGGUCCUGGCAACCACAUCAACAAUAACAACAAUUACGGCUAUGAUGCCGACUAUGAGCCGUACUAUGCGUACUACAAUCCGUACGCGUACUAUUAUGCGAGAUACCGUCAUCGCCACCGCCACCCGCAAGACAUCGUGAACAACAAUGGUGGCUCGAUGGACGGAGUGAGCAACAAUUGCCCGUACGGCUCCAUUGUGAAUAACAAUGGACCAGGGAAUGUACAAGUCGUUUGUUUGCCUCCCGGGGUACCUUCAACAAUUAACAACAAUGGACGAUAAGUUCUAGUGAUUUUAGCCGCUGAUUAUACGGAUGCAUAAAUAAUUAAGAUCAUAAAAAAUUGUAUAUUAUGAUUUAAAAUGCAAUU